GUCCACUGUAACAACAUGUACACAUGGGGAGUGAAGAUGUUCCGACAGGCCGUGUGUUCCUUCCGUUCGGAUGCAGACUGGGAGCCCAAUCCUGUGUUUUUUAAGCCGAAAGCAGACAGCAUCAGUCCAAGUGCUCGCUUUGUCACUGUUGCUCUUGGCAACCGCAUGGCCAGCGCAAUUAGGUGCCGUUUUGCAUUCAGCGACAUCUGGAUGAUGUUCAGUGAAAUUGCUUUCCAGUCAGAUACUGCAGUGUACAACACCUCUCUUGUUCCUCGCAAACGUAACCAAGCUCCAGUGGAUGAUCCCACCCACAAGAUUGAUGACAGCAACACAAGAAUCCUUAUCGGCUGUUUGGUGGCCAUUAUUGCCAUUCUGUUGGCCAUCAUAAUAAUCAUACUAUGGCGGCAGGUCUGGCAGAAGAUGAUUGAGAAGGCCUCUCGACGUAUGCUGGACGAUGAGCUGGCCGUGCGUCUGUCUGUUCAGAGAGAGGCAUUUGUCCACCGCAGCUCUUCUCUGUCCAGCGACGUUGAAUCCACUUCAACAUACGAGCGCAUUUUCCCCAUGGGAUCCGACUAUCAGGAGCCUUCACAACUUUUACGGAAGCUACCAGAAUUCCAGGCUAUGGAAAACCUUGCGAUGAUCGAUGGUGCUUCUGAACCCUCUCCAGCUCAGGGUACAGAUGAAGCUCCACACUACGCAGAGGCAGACAUCACUGGAGCUCACAGCUACCGCGUCACUGUGGUCAACAUGCCUUUAUCUCCUGGAAGAGACGGAGCUCUGGAGGAGUUUCCCAGGGACAGACUGACCUUCAAAGAGAAGCUUGGAGAAGGACAGUUUGGAGAGGUUCAUCUGUGUGAAGCUGAAGGAAUGCAGGAAUUCAUGAAGGACCAUUGUGGUGACAUUAGUGACGAACCAAUGCUCGUAGCGGUCAAGACCCUGAGAGAGGACGCUGACAAAAACGCAAGGAACGACUUCAUGAAAGAGAUCAGGAUCAUCUCGCGAUUAAGAGACCCGAACAUCAUUCGCCUGUUGGCGGUGUGCGUUGAGAGCGAUCCGCUGUGCAUGAUCACGGAGUACAUGGAGAACGGAGACCUCAAUCAGUUCCUGUCCCACCACCAGAUGCAGGAAGAAGGAGUUCAGGCUGGAGACUCCACUGCCAUCAGCUACAGAAUGCUGAUCAACAUGGCCUCUCAGAUUUCCUCUGGAAUGAAGUAUCUGUCAUCCCUCAAUUUCGUUCACCGUGAUCUCGCCACACGCAACUGCUUAGUGGGCACGAAUAACAUCAUCAAGAUCGCUGACUUUGGCAUGAGUCGAAACCUGUACCGUGGAGAUUACUACCGCAUACAGGGGCGUGCAGUGCUCCCCAUCCGCUGGAUGUCCUGGGAGAGCAUCCUGCUGGGUAAAUUCACCAUGGCCAGUGACGUGUGGGCAUUCGGCGUGACCCUGUGGGAGAUUCUAACCCUGUGCAAAGAGCAGCCGUAUGCCCAGUUUACAGAUGAGCAGGUGAUCGAAAACACCGGCGAGUUUUUCAGAGACCAAAAUAAACAGGUGUUUCUGCUGAAGCCGGCCUGCUGCCCUGAGUCACUGUACAGCCUCAUGCUCAACUGCUGGAGGAGAAACGCCAAAGAAAGACCCUCCUUCCUGGACAUCCACAGCACACUGACAGAUCAACAUGACUAACUCCACACUCAUGUACUGAACAGUUCAUAUACACACAUUCAGCUCUGCCAGUGCUUUAGAGAAAACCCCUGCUUAGAGAAGACACUCUGCUAAAUCUAAUAGCAAUAGUCUUCAGUAUAGAUUAUACUUUUAUUAGUAUAUGUAUAUAUAUA